UCCAAUCAACCCUUACGCGAAUAGAUUAGUUUGAAUAGUUGAGCGAUAAGAUUAAUGGCGUCGUGGAUUAUUUCUUUUAUUGAAUUUCCGAUACGCAGUCUACGAUUACAAACGUACUACCAUUACAUUAUACCCGGUAAAUUUUUCAUCGAAAGAUGUGCAAAUAUUCUUUAAACAAAUUCUUAAUAUCGUAUACGAGAUACAUGCAUCUUAGAAAGUCUUAGAUCUUUUGAACGAGAAUAUUCGCGCUAUUUUCGCAUCGUACAUCGAUAAACGAAAAUAGAAACAGGUAAAUAUUUCUUUAAAAGUGAUCCUUAAAUUCGAGAAGCGUAGAAUGUUUAACUUCACAAGUGAUGUUCGAAACGACACUCGAAACAACAAGUAAACUUUUCAUUCAAUAUUCUGAUCGAGUAAGACGUGAAUUACAGCGCCAAUUCAUAAGUGAUGCUUUUUUUAUUACCACGAAAGAACUAUAAAAAGAAAGUUACAAGGUCUUGGGGGGGAAAAAAAGCUCUCGAUUAUGAUCGUUUCGGUUUUUAUAGAAUAGAUAGAAUUUUUCUUGAGAGAGGCGAUCGAAUUGUCUGUCGAGCGCGGAAUAAUCUGUUUAUUUACAGCGCUUCGUUACAAAUUAAAGGUAACGAAUCACGGUCAUGAUAUUAAGCGACAAAUUUACGAAUCCCACCAGUUUGACGUCGGCCUCGUUUAAAAUUAAACCGAAGCCUGGCCAGUAUGGAAAAGAACGUUCUUACGUAGAUACCGAAAACCGAUUGAGACGUCAAGUGUCGAAUUUGCCAGUGAGGUUAUUAUAUCGUGUGCAAAAUGUGUCAAUGACACAAUGUCACACGUGAAUUAUCAACGUAACGUUAUUAUUAUUAUUCCUGAUGAACUCGCGCGCGUGCUAUCGACAUUGAUUACCUUCAUCGAGUUUGUCGAGCACCCUUAUGAAUUUUCAUUAAUUGCACGCUCGUAUUUAGACAAGCUCGACUCGCAUCGUUAAUUAAAUUAAUAACAUAUCCAAUAGUAUCUAUCUCUACUGUUGCCAAAAUUUUUAAACAUAAUUAAUAUCCCACGAUAAAAUUUUCUUUCUCUCAUUAUUUCUUUAAAUAUUACUUCCCACUUCGAAUCUCUAUUUUUUUAAUUCUUUUCUUUUCUUUUUCUUCCUUUCGUUAUAAUAUAACUCGUCCCGAGUAAUGGCAUUGAACUACGCUCGAGUUCGUGACUUUCCGUAACGUUUCAAUUUGCUUAUUUCGGCAGACGGAACAUCUGUAGUAUUUCGCUCGUUUGAUUUUACGACCACAUCGAACCAACUAUACGUAAAUUAUGUACUCUGGUUUCUCGCCAAAUCAGUCACGUAAUCAAUUCUCACCAAGAAAAACACCAGCUCUCCCAUUGUCUCUCGAUGAUUAAAUCGAAUUUAACGGGAACUCGUUAAUGAAAAUACCGGCAACAAAUUAUUCCAAAAUUAUUCCCUUUCCCCUCUCUCUCUCUCUCUUUCGUGGAAAGCGUAUUCCGCGUAAUCUGACGUACUCGCUAAAAUAGCUCGCCGGCCAUAUGCGCUCUCUCAAACGUGAGAGAAUUCAAAAUAUUGGCUUAACGCCAGAGGCGACGGCGACGAGGACAACGACGACGACGACGAGCGAGUAAAUGCCGCCAAAAUAAGCACGCGGCAAAAGGACGAGUGGAUCGAGCGAAGUUCUCUCGAGAGGCCGCGCCAUGGAUACGUCGAUACAUCGGCAAACAAAUCAAGUUCAAACGCGACGAGCCUCUGUUCAAAGAUAAUCCACGCUCCCGGCAAUGACAGGUGGCCCCCUUCGAUCCUCGAUCCUCGACGAUCCUCGAUGGAAUCUAGAUCAACAAUGACCAAGAAUCAAGGGAACGGAUCGUCGACGCGCGGAAGAGUGUGUUUAACCGGUGGAAACAAAUAUACCGGGGAGACGAUGCUCCAACGUGUGUCCACCGUGCAACGGAAUAUCAUCGGUCAAAAUAAUAGCCGGCCUUCGCAAGAGGACAACUGGCAGGUGAACGGUGUCCAGACGGCGCGACUGAAGUGCAGCUCAUUGGCAAAGGGCAAUAGUUGCCCCGUGAACCAAUACAGCAUCGUCGCCUCUAGGGGGGAUCUCGCUCGAAAUAACUGCACCGCGAGAGAGACGCCGGCGCCGUGCAUCGUUGACAAGAGGAACAAGGCGACCGUGAACGCGAGUACUCGCGCAAAACAUCGGGACAACUUGCCUCUCAAAGGAGACAUCCCCUGCGAGCGGCUCGCCAAAGACGCGGAAGGACCGGCGACGGAUUUGAGGAAAGCUCAACGGCCCAUAAGAAAAUCGUUCUCGGUACCCGACUAUCUGAGAGAAGGUCUUUGGACAACGCGGAAGAUCGGGCGAGGAUCGGGCGAGGAGAGCAUUCUGAAAAAGUCUUCCGCGUUUCUGUCCAAUUUCACGCAUCCCGCGGACAAAAUUAGGAAAUCGAACAAUUCGGACGGGAGGAAGCAGAGUAAUCGUUGCGGCGAAACGAGCUCGGCCAGGUAUCCGAGUUUCAAAGGUUACCUCUCGUUGUUGAACGACCAUCUCGAUCCGUUUCAACGCGCUCCAACUGUACAAACGUUGCUGGUCGAGCGAAGGAAGACGAACGGUGUAAAGAAAUCGGUGUCCUUCAGCUCGGACACCAGCUUCGAGGAGAAACGCGCACCUUAUAAAAGAGCCGCCGUUCACGAGGUCAAGGUGUACCACAAGGGUGUUCUGCAAGAUCGUAGCGUACGCGAGGUGGAUAUCGUCGCGAAAGUGCCGUCCUCGUGGGAAGAAACCUCCGAGGGCCCAGCGGCCCUUCUGAGGGCAGCAAGAGAUGCCGACGAUGCAGUCCUCAAUGAGAUCGCAGUUCAAGUGCGAAAAUUUGGAUUUGGAAGCAUGGACGUCAAUAUGGCUGAUAGCAGCGGCAGGACCGCCAUCAGCUACAUGGCUGGAAACGGUGCCUCGACGAUGUUGGAGCUAGCGCUCUCGUUCGAAAGGGCGGAUCCGAAUAUUCCGGACAACGAGGGCAACACGCCGCUGCAUUUCGCCGCGCAAGCCGGGCAAACGGAAUGUUUGAACAUACUCCUUCAAAGGUGUCCGGAGAUCGAGGUGGACGCGAGGAACGCGUCGGGUUUUACGCCGUUGAUGAAGGCAGCCCUUCAAGGAAGGACUAAAUGCGCCAAAAUUUUGUUAUUCGCCGGCGCGAAUCCGACAUUGAGGGAUCACGGGAGAGGAUUGAGAGCGGAACAAUGGGCCAGAUUUUGUGGGAGGUACGUGUGCGCUGAAGUGAUCGAAAGGUUCGCUAGGCAUCGACUUCUUGAAAGAUCGACUUCUUGUCGGUGGGGCAGUGAACCCGAACUGGCGGCAAAAGUAUUACAAGGAAAGGUCGUGCCAAUUCCUGCUACACCCUUGUCGUCGUCAUCUUCGGGACUCAAAUCAAAAAUAAGAAAAGUUUUUCGCACAACAUCUGGACCAGACAGAAAUUUUUCUCUGGUCUCGCAAUUAACUAGCGCUGCCCUAUGCGCGAGUAGUCCCGCUUUGCCAAAAUCCAGCGACGUUCCUCCCGUUGUUAAGAGUCUUCUUCGACCAUUGAGCGUUCCACAAUUAAGGGUGACGUUAGUUUCACCGCAAGAUUUCAUCGAGCAAUCAAAGGACAAAUAUGGGUCAAAUUUCACGGAGAAAAUCGAGAAUGCGGUAGCAAAACCAUCACGGUCAAAAAAGAAAAAUAAAUAAAUUGGUAAAUUUGUAUUCGUAAGCCGAUUUGUCAAUAAACGCGCGCAAGCGUGAAAAAUCGCGAUGUUCUCGAAAAAAAAAAAUAUUUUUAAGAAUUUUUGAUUCAGUUUCAACUUUUUAUCAAUACAGUUCCUAGCGAGCGACGCAAAUCUCGCUCUUUUUAAAAAAUUAUCGAUGUUAAACGAAUUCUCAGAGAAUCUCGUUUCCAUCGGCAAAUUUUUUUUUAACGUCAUUCAACGUUAUUUAUAUAAUCGACAGAGAAAAGGAUUACCAGUCUUCGUUCGGAUUAUUUUUUCUUUUCGUAUGUUAUUAAUCGUUAAACUUCAGAUUCGAUAUAAGUAAAUGAUGCUAGUAGGUGUUUAAAACGCGUGAAACGAUGAAAUUUAUUUUUAGUAGUUUACGAUUUUAGUAAACUAUACCAGAGAAAAUACGCAGAUAGACGAACUUCUAUAAAAUCACGAAUACCAAAGAAUCGAUAAGAAUAGGUAAUGAUGAACCAUCGAAUCGAUAAAGUAUUUUUAAAACAAUUUUAAAUAAUCAUCCGUCAAAUCGCGAUGAGAAAAUUCGCUCCUCCGAUUUUUCAGUUUAUAAACAUAUUGGAAUACAAAUAUAACGUUUUUUUAAUCACGCAACGAUCAUCGAACAAAUUUAUAAAUAAAUUUCUUGAUAUAAAAAUAACACUAUUUGUUUGUAAAAUAUCUUUUCUCCGUUAAAAGGCGAAAAUAAUCAUUUUUAUCAAGAUAAAAAUCGAAUAUAGAUGUACUUAAUAAUAUACUUACACAAAAACAUAUCGAAUUCCUAAAUAGUACAUCAUAAUAUUUAUAUUUAUACAUUCAAUUUUACAUAUACAUAUUAACAUUUAUAUUUAAUGUUCGAACGCAAAACAGUGCCAAAUUUUAUGAAUCAAUAAUGCGUUCAAUAAAAAUAAAAGUCUAUCUUGCUAUAGUAUAUACGGAAUAACGAGGUAGAACAAAUGCUUCACAUUUGGACUUCACAUGGAGAUUUGUGUAUGAUGAAUGAAAACAAUUUGUCUCCGUACCUCGUUUGUUAUUUAUUACUGUAAAAUAAAAAAUAAAUCUUUUCAAGAAAA